AUGUCUGUGUCACUGUGGUGCGAUGAGGAGGGAAAGGACUCCCAGAAAGCUCAGCUGAGAGCCCAGUGGGACCCCAGUGUGUCUGGGGAGCGCGUGAUCAACAGGCUGCUGCUGUUGGAGGAGAGAUACCUGCUCUCACCCCUCUACAUCUCCCUGAUCCAGGGGGAGCCCCACAGGAGGGAACAACUCACAAAAUGGGUGCUUGAGGUGUGUUGUGAGUGUGGCUGUGAGGAAUCGGUGUACCCCCUCUCUGUUGCUCUGCUGGAUCGCUUCCUGUCUGCGUCACUAUCUCUGUCUAUUUCACCUCUCUGUCUCUCUGCGGCCUGCAUUCUCCUCGCAUCCAAAGUGACGGGAAGUGAACAAGUGGGUGUGGACAACUUGUGUGCUGUAGCCAACUUCUGCUUCCUGCCUGAGAAUUUAAGGGACAUGGAACGUGUUGUCCUGGCAACCCUCCAAUGGGAUGUUGCUGUGGUAACCCCGCAUGACUUCCUCCCACACUUAUUGUCUUCAGUGGAGAGGGAGAGGGUGGGGGAGAAUGGACAGACAGAUAGAGAUGAUGAAGCUUUCUUAUCAACUCUACGACGACACGUUGACACACUGGUUGCCAUGUGUGUUUGUGACUCCCGUUUCUUGGGAAUUCCUCCAUCUUUAAUUGCAGCAGCAGCACUGAAUGCGGCGCUUUCCGGUCUGGGGAGCAAAGUUCCUCAGCUGGGUCCUAAUGAACUGGCUACACUUUGUCAGAUUGAUUUGGUGAUGCUGCAAUACUACACUGAGCUGAUAGAGGGAGCCCUCGUGGAGCGUCUGAGGAAUGGACUCAGGGAAGGAAAAACGUGUCCAGAAGUGGAAAAGAAGCAUGAAGAACUUGAGGAAAUAGUCACAGAAAGAGCCAGCACACCAACUGACUUAAGAGAGAUCGAUUUUUGA